AUGAAAAGUCCUUAUGUCGAUGAAAAAUUAUCUGACGAUGAGGGAAAGAAGCCAGAAAGAAGAUUAUUUGAAGAUAAUGUUGAACCAGAAAGUUCGUCCUCCAGUGAAGAAUCAUUUGAGGGUGAGGGAAAUAAGUCGAAAAGAAGAUUACUAGAAGACGAUGUGGAAUCAGAAAGUCCGUCAACAGGUGAAAAACCAUAUAAUGAUGAAGGAGAUAAUCCAGGAGACGAUGUUGAAGCAAUAAAUCCACCUAGUGUUGAUACAGAAAGUCCAUCCGCCGAUGAAAAAACAUCUGAUGCAGAAGAUCCACCUAUUGAAUCAGAAAGUUCAUCUACUGAUGAGAAACCAUCUAAUAAUGAGGGAGGGAAACCAAAAAGAAGAUUACUAGAAGACAACGUUAAAUCAAAAAAAUGGUUUAUCGAUGAAAAAUCAUAUGAUGACGAGGGAGAGAAGCCGAAAAGAAAAUUACAAGGAGACGAAGUUGAAGUAAAAAGUCCACUCACCGGUGAAGAACUACCUGAUGUUGAGGGAGGAAUACUGAGUAGAAGAUUACUAGAAGAUAAUGUUAAAUCAGAAAGUCUAUUUGCCAGUGAAAAACCAUCUGAUGAUGAGGGAGAGAAGCCAAAAAGAAGAUUACUGGAAGACAACGUUGAAGAAAAGAGUUUGUUCGUUGGUGCAAAAUCACCUGAUGUUGAGGGAGAGAAGCCGGGAAGAAGGUUAUUGGGAGACGAUGUUAAAGCAAAAAGUUCGUUUCUUGAUGAAAAACCUCUUGAAGCAAAAAAGAAGAGGCUUAAGAAUUGA